AUGGCAACUCCUGACUAUACGAAGCCAAUUCUGCAGUCCGACAGCCGCGUAGUCAAGCAAACCCUCCUCCGUGGACCCCUUCCAGGCAACCCUUCUCCUUUAUCGGUACCCGAUCAUCGCCGUCGCCCAGACCUGCCCAUUGAACAGCGCGAAAUCAUCGAAGGCAAUUUCGCCCACCAAACCACUACUCGCCCAUCUUCUUCUUGGUCUUGGAAUAAGACAGAACAGUAUGUGCAUCACAAGGAUAUGUUGAUGCUUGCGUAUUUGUACGAUUACCCUGUUAUCGAGUGGGUUAUCGAUGCCGAGGAUGCAAGAUAUGCGGUUGAGGCUCUACUUGCAAGGGAGGGCAUGAGGAGGUUGAACCUCUCCGUUCACGCAGAGAACACGUCGUUUUCGUGGUGGAUUCGUGGUGGAGCAGCCCCAGUUGACGACGAUUUGUCGAUUUUGAACGAGGUUGAGGCAGUUGAGGAUGAGCAGAAGGAAAUUGAAGAAGUGGAAGAGAUGGAAGUUGAGCAAGAAGCUGCUACCCCUGAGCCUCGUCUUGCUUCACCCAACCUCUCACCAAAGACAGACCCUGCUGCGCGCGAAGAACCAAGCGAUCCUGCCGACGAGCAAAUGUCAGAUCUGCCACAAGACGAUGCCACACAACAGCCCACGAUCAAGCCCGAACCCCGUCGAUCAACACGCGUGGCUCAACAGAAGCUCAAGGAGGAUUUGGAUCAGCAAGUCAAGGAGGAAUCCCUCGAACCCAAUCCUCGCACCCUGCCGCCAAAGAGAACUGUUACUCGCCCCAAAGGAUCAAAAAGCACAAAGACUGUCAAAUUCAUUCAGCAACAAGACCAACGCCCACGUCGCCGCUCCACCCGUGUCUCAGCAAAACGUAGUUUUGCAGAUGAGCCUGGACCACAUCUACAAAGAAGAGCAACUAGAUACAUCUGCAGAAUGACCAAGCUUGACAUACCAAAUCGAUCAGUGACCAACAUGAUAUGUGAUUCAUAA